CCCUCCAAAUACGUCAGAUAACCUGUGAACGAUUAGACCCAACUUUUCCUUCUGCAAAAUAGAUUUAAAUGUUUCUUUAUGUGACACAGAUAGCUGAGAGUAUGGCCUUUUACACCAGGUGUCUUAGAUUUAACGACAUAAAUAGAAGAAAUCAUUUAGAAAAUAUUAAAUUGAAAUCUCCGACAAAAAUUCCGAAUUAAUAUCAUAAUUUUUCCUUUGCCAGGAAACCGCAAGAACAAACAAACAUAAAUGACUUCUUUCACAACUAAAUUUCUGUCCGUAAUUUUGUUUUAUAUUCAGCCUAUCAGAGAAACUGCACUUCAGAGGGCCCCAUAAUUCAGAUCAGAGCGCAGAGCGUGUAUUCAAAGAAUUAAUUUCUUACCCAGGUGAAUUUCUAUACUUACGAAUUCCAGUUAUUGAUGCCUGCAUAUCUGUCUGCAAAAGUUGGGAGAAUCCUUGACAGACUUUUACAGAUUAUAAUUGUGAGAAUGCCUCCUGGAGGAGCAUUCGUUAGACAGAGGCACAAUACUUCUGGAUAUUCGUCCAGCGGUGGAGAGGAAUUAGAUGAGGAGGAUUCAGCUGGGUCUCCAAUGGCUUGGGCACCCUCUUCUUCUUCUUCUUCCUCGAGGAUUAAUGGGUGGUGCCACCACAUUGAAAAUCUUCUGUGGGUGGCUUCUGCUGCCUUCAUUUUUUACUAUGGAGACCUCCAUUCCAAUUUCUUUUCUCUAUUGCUUCGAGACAGCCGAAUCAGGCGAACAGCAUUGAAUCUUGGGUUGUUGUGUGUAGCAUGUGACACCAUUAUUUUUAUAUAUCUAGCAUUUUGGGUGAGAGACAUGGUCAAAGUUGAUAACAGAUGGGAAAUAUCGUCUCCUGCUGCUAUCCUUACAGCGACUGUAAUCGGACUCCUAGCAUUUUUCCUGCUUUGCUUGGCUUUAUGGCCAAUCUGGAGACUCUUAACGUUGCCACUUUUGUUCACACUAUUCAUGGCUUUUGUGGUUAUAUCUCCAUAUAUUCCACCAUAUGUAAAAAUGAAACCAGCCUCAGACAUACUUCGCUUGGAUUAAAGGGAUUAAUUGCUUGGAAUAUACAAUGAAAAGUAGCCCAAGAUUACUUCCUCCAACUACUGCAAGGAAGAAUGAGGUGAAAGUGUGUCUAAGGCUUGAGGCAUGACUUGGGAUAAUUUGUCACUUUAUCUUGCAGAUAAUAUUUACAGAAGUAUAAAUUUGUGACCUUAACUUGUAGUGGCAGUGGUUCACUUUUCAUUCUCAGCCACAAGUGUGAAUGAAAAGUGAAGCUCCUCCACAGUAUGCAGCAUACUCGACAAACCUUUUCAACAAAGGGUGAUUACAUGAUGGAUUUGUUUGCCUUUUACAGUAGUAGUCAUUGUCUUCACAUGUGUGUUAGACCUAAUUUUGUGGUUUCUCAUCAAUCCAGAACAUUUACAAGUCACAGAAGUUGCCAUAAUUCCUAAUUACUAUACUUUUAUGCCCUUCAUAUCUAUCUAGGUAUUUCUCUGAAUGGCAUGAUUGACAUGGUAUCAUGCUCUGACAUAUGGCUGAAUUUUCUUGUCAAUAUGUUGAAAUGGUUUCCCUC